AUGCGGAAAGGCGCGGGCAUCUCUGCCCUCUCACGGCACUCCCAAACCGCCUCCUCCUACUCCACCCUCUCCAGCAGCAUCACCGCCUCCCAGCUCUCCACGCUCGAAUCGUCCCUCUCAUCCUUCAAAGACCACCUCCUCGUCUUUGCCCGAGAGCACCGGCAAGACAUCCGGAAAGACCCGGCAUUCAGACAUCAGUUCCAAAAGAUGUGCGCUGCGAUCGGGGUGGACCCCCUUGCUGGCGGGGGCGGACCAGGCGGGGGCGGAGGUGGAAAGGGGAAAGGGUGGUGGACUGAAGUCCUGGGACUAGGGGAAUGGCAGUACGAGCUGGCGGUGCAGGUGGUGGAUGUCUGCGUGUCCACCAAGGAGGGGAACGGGGGAAUGAUCGCCAUGCCUGAUCUCAUCUCCAGGGUGGAGCGGCUCCGGACGGGCGGCAGGGCAGAUACGGGCGGCGCCGAAGUGACAGAAGAGGAUAUCCUGCGGUCACUGGACCUCCUCAAACCGCUCGCGGCGGGAUACACGACCCAUUCUAUCGCGGGGACGACGUUCGUCCGGUCAGUCCCGAAAGAGCUGGAUACGGACCAGAGCCUCCUGCUUGUCCUCGCGAGCGAUGCGGGCGGAAGGUUGACGGAGAGGGGAGUGAUGCAGACGACGGGAUGGUCGAAUGUGAGGGCGAGGACGGUGCUGGAGGAUUGUGUGAUGCGGGAGGGACUGGGAUGGGUGGACGAGCAGGGAGACGAGAGGUGCGUGUGGGUGAUAGCAGCGGUGGACUUUGGGUCGUAG